CCGUUGGCCAGAGAGGUUCAAAGUAUCGGCCGCUUCCUUUUCCGUUGUUGGCUCCACUGCUUCUAUGUUUUCUUAUGCUCAUUGCGACCGGCAUUGUAUCAUGCCUUGAUGCCUUCCCGUCAGUAUAUGUACUGCUGCCUGACUCCAUUGCAUUCUGUCCCUUCAACUGUCAGUUGGGCCUCAUUCAACAGCAAAGCAAAACAAAAUAUGGCUGUGUUAAUUGUUACAGGCAAGUGUAACUGAUAGCUGGGAGCCUGGGAAGAGUGUAUAUGGAUUAUGCAAGCCCUGGUGGGACUGAUACAUCGACAGAUCCAGGCAUUGCCAAGAAGAACCAAAUGACACUUCGUCGUCUUGCCCAAAAUCGCGAUGCUGCCAGGAAAAGCCGUCUAAGAAAGAAGGCAUAUGUCCAAAAACUUGAGAGUAGCAGCCUGAAACUUGCUCAGUUGGAGCAGGAGCUCCUUCGUGCCCGUCAACAGGGCUAUGUAACUUCUACUUUGGGUGAGCAACCUCAUCCAGCAAAUGGAAAUGGUGCUUUGGCGUUGGACGUGGAGUAUGGACGGUGGCUGGAGGAGCACAAUAAGCAGAUCGAUGAACUGAGGGCCGCGAUCAGCGCACGCGCCACUGACGGCGACCUUCAUGCCAUCGUUGAAAACAUCAUGGCACACGUCGAUGAAAUCUUCAGGUUGAAGAGCGUCGCAACCAAGGCCAACGCCUUCCACGUUCUAGCAGGAGCGUGGACGACCCCUGUCGAGAGGUGUUUCCUCUGGCUCAGCGGCUUCCGACCAUCAGAGCUUCCCAAGUUACUUGCGAGUCAGCUAGAACCCCUGACGGAGAAGCAGCUCGCCAGUAUCUGCAGCCUGCGACAGUCUUCCCAGCAAGCCGAGGACACUCUUUCUCGAGACAUGGAAGUGCUACUGCAAUCGGCCGCAGAAAUCGUCGCGUCAGGAACAUCGCCUACGUGGUACCCUGCAGGUUCCUCCGGUGACACGGGCCAAAUGUCAGCGGCGAUCGGAAAGCUUGGCGCUGUAGAAAGCCUCCUGCAGCAGGCUGAUGAAUUGCGGCUGCGGAUUCUUCGGGACGUGCAACGGAUCCUGACCACCCGUCAGUCUGCACGAGCGCUGCUUGCAAUCAGUGGCUACUUCUCCCGGCUGCGAGCUCUGAGCUCUCUCUGGAUCGCUCGCCCGUCCACUGGGAUGAACUGAGUUUCACCUUCACCAUCUGGUUACUGUAAAGAUUCGACAGACAUGUAGUUUGCAGUGGAGAGCAGUGUAUCCUGAAUUCCUGAUAACUACGGUUCCUACCGAGAUCUUUAAAUCCUACCCCGAAUUAAACCGCA